CCGUAACUUCAAGCUUGCCUCAACCAACCUAUUUCACCACAACAUCACGGCAGAUCAUCAGAACCUACCAUCAGAAGCCUAGUAGAGUACCCACCCCAGUUUUGGCACGGAUAUCACAACGCAAAUCCAUAUCGACCGCCCGACAAAAGACACAGAUUUCUGUAAAACUUGAUUAUCAAGAGGAGGAGAAAGAACCUUCCCCCAGCAACACCGCGACAAUGGACUUCGCCGCCCUCAUGUCCAAAGAGAUCGCCAAGGCAAAAGGCACCACCAGCAACACCACCACCUCCAGCAAACCAACACCAUCAACCAUCACCACAACAAAGGAUACUAACACCAAACCCGACUCAAUAGCCGUAGGAGUCGGAGCCGGAGGAGAGGGUGCCGCCGCCGCCACCGCCGCCCCGAAAUUCAUCUCCCGCCGCGAAGCCGAAGCCCAACGUCAGGCCGCCUACCUAGCCGAGCAAAAGCGACUCGAGGAAGAACGCGCCGCCAAAGCCGCGUUGAAGCGCAAGCGCGAAGAAGACGCCAUAGAAGAAGCCAAAGCGCGCGAGGAGAAGAAACGUCGACUAGCCGAGGAAUCACGCGCCCGCCGCCUAGCCAAAGAAGCCGAAGAAGAGCGCGCCCGCCGCAAGCGUCUCGGUCUUCCCGAGCUACCUCCCACCCCUUCCGAAUCCGCUGAUAAAGAAGGGACGCCCGCCUCCGGCAUCGACGGUUCCGACCUCGACGACGACGACGAUGACAAAGCCCAUGAUCUGCCUGACGACGAAUUAACCUCCAAACUCCGCGCCCUAGGCGAACCUGCCUUCCUCUUCGGCGAAUCGCACCUCUCCCGCCUGCGACGCUAUCGCAAGGCCGCCGGCCUCGGCGCUUUGGGAUUGCCCAUGGGCCCCAUCACCACCUCCUUGCUCCCCGUCGCCGAAAAGGACAUGAAAGUCCCUGCCUCCUCCGCCGAAAUCCCUCCUGCCACGGACCGCAAAGCGCGCCGCUACCUGUUCCGUCAACUAGCUUCUUACUUUAACAUGGUCCUCCGCGAAUGGGAACUCGCUCUGGUCAAGGAAGACAACGCGGACACGUUUGCGGGGCAAGCGGCGCGGAACGCCAUGGUGCAGUCGAAAGAAACCAUGCGCCCUCUUUUCCGCAAGUUUGAAAAGGGGGAUCUGGAGAAAGACAUCUUGGAGGCGAUUGUGGAGAUUGUGAGGGCGGCGCAGGAGAGGAGGUAUGUGGAUGCCAAUGAUGGGUAUCUGAGGUUGAGUAUCGGUAAGGCGGCGUGGCCGAUUGGUGUGACGAUGGUGGGUAUCCAUGAGAGAAGUGCUAGAGAGAAGCUGCAUGAUGGAGAGAGGGGACAUAUCAUGGGUGGAGAGGUGACGAGGAAAUAUUUACAGAGUAUCAAGAGGUGUUUGACGUUUGCGCAGGUGAGGUGGCCGCCGGAGGAUAUUAGGCAGUUGAUGGGUUAGAGUCUAGUGGGGGAGUAAGAUUCGAAGAAUUGCCAUAUUCGAUCAGGGGAGGGGGAGGAGAAGGAAGGGCAAGGGAAGAAAACAGUGGCCGUGAUACCCAUAUUGAUUUUGGAGACGAUAAUUGGACCAAGUCUGACACUCCGAGCUCGGGAAAACAAACCCCGGGCAUGAAAUUGUGUCUUCAGCUUGGAGUAAAUGUUCUUCAUUGAUUGUGUGAACCUAGAAUAAUCAUGAAGGCUUUCAAGCUACAUCCCUCUGUUCGUGAACGCCAGUAGCAUAAUAAUGUAGGAAAAAUCCCCGGUCAAGUUAUACUGCCCGGAACACCAGACCGUC